CCAGGAAGGAAGUUACCACCACUAUGCUAGAUGGGAGUGCUUCAGUGACAUGUGCUUGCUUUUGGGAAAAUCAGAACUCUUCAGAUUAGUCCUGGGAAUAAUUACCAUGUUCAUUUUAUGUUUACCUGAAUUUUUCAAAAUCCAUGAAGUUAACACUGUAAUUGUGUCAUGCAUAGACACCUGCUCAUCAAAUAACACCACUUUUCCACUUUGCACAUUUAACAAUUCUUGCAAAGCAUCAAUGCAACAAAGAAGAGAAAACAAGACUAUUUUACUGAAGGCCAUUGUAAAUCAUUCAAAUUUCCAAAACAUUCCAUGUAUUUGCCAGUCUUCCAGGAUGGAACAGUCCCAUACUAAACACAGAGAGUGUGAAUCCAAGGGAGACGUGAAUGUUGAUCAUCAAGGAUCAGGGUUAGGAGCUGAAAAAACAAAAGGCUCGCUUGAAGUGAAAUCAGAAGAUGUUAUUUAUUUGUAUAAAUAUUUUAAUUUCACUAUGGUUUCUGAGAAAGAAGUAGAGCAUAAUAGUUACUACCUGCUGGAAAUCCACAUUAACAAUUCUACAGUCGGAGGAGGAAAUGCAGCCGAAGAAUACCUAAAUCAUUCCUGUCUGGUGGCAAUGAUGGAAGACCAAAAUGACUGUAUAAAUAUUUCAAUGCAACUGAAGACUUAUGUGGAAUAUCCAGUGUGUAUGACGAAGAUCAUUUGGCUCACCAUGAUUGUAGUAGUUCUUGUGUUUACUGUUUUAAUUGUCAUCUACAAAAUAGUCCAAGAAAAUGAACAAAAUUAUUGUAAACACAGAGUAACAGCAUCAGUUUCUACUAUUCUAAGAAGAAAUGGUUCCAGACAUGCAAGAAGAACCAUAUCUGCUACUAGAAUUCAUCCUUUUCCUGUGAAACCCAGCAAACAGCAAAUUCCACUGACUGCACAGACCACAAAGAUACUGCCCAUAAUUCCUGAAAGAGAGCACUGUCAUGUGGCUGCGACUGUAGAAGGUGAGUAAAUACCUUACAACUCCAAUUACUCUGUUUUUCCUUGUAUUUUUAGAAUUAGUAUUAUGCAAUAUCUGCUUGUAAUAACUUACUACUUCUUCUAGCCAAGUAUGCUAGAUGACAAACUGGAAAAUGUGUUUUGUGAGAGCUAGGAGGCAGGGAAACAAAAUCAAUUUUCUUUCUGGUACCAAGAGUCAUCGAUAAUCUAAUGUGUCAGCCUUUUAAACCUGCGUCCCUGAAGGCCCCAGUGCAAACUCUGACAUUAUUUUCCUGGUUUAGAAUAUUAUUUCCUGGACUUCAGCAUUAUGUUGACAUUUGUUUCCGACAAGUGCAGAGGAAAGAAGCAAUUUGCAAAUGAUCUCUGAAGGAAAACAUGUUUUAAGUGAAUAGUUUGCUAAUCAAAUUCCCCAGACAAAAGACAUCUAUCACUCUGUUGGUUUUAUACCAGUCAGAAGGAUUGACAAGAAGUUGGUUUCAGGUUGGAACUAAAACUAGUUUCCCAGCUCUAAGUUUCUCCAGCCCUUUUACUCCAGUAAUUGUUUCAGGAAGUCCAGAUGUAAUGAAACAAAUCUGAAAAGUAAUGUGCAGUAAGUGAUAGCGCUUCCUGGCAAUGUUUGUAAUGCCUAGAAACAAACAGAUGCUACUUGAAUAAAUACUAGAGACUAAUAUAUCAGUUGCAUAGACAAGCUUAGGACUCUUUGCACAGACUGUAUUACUGUUAAUGGGGAAUUUUUAGGUUAAAAGCUUAAGAAGCUCCUUCUUUAUAUCUGUUUAAAUCAGAUGGAGUUUUAUUGGAAAUUCAAUAUCAAACUCAGUGUCCACUGUCUCUCAGGCAAACCUUUAUCUUCCCACAUCCCUGUCUGCCAUGUAUCUGCCCACCACCUUCAUUGUUUCCUUUGAGAACAUUUACCCAGGAGUGAAAACCCAGAUAUUUCUAAGGUUGUAGUGGGAUGUGUUGCUAAGGGGGUUCUCAUUAGUAUCCACUGCUUUCAUUUAUACACUGUUAUGGCUGAUCACUAGCAUGCUUUGUUCUUCCUGGAUGCUGGAUUCACCAAAAGUGAUCUUUUAGAAGGAGGAAAAAAAAGUCAUGGCCCAUUCCCAUGAAAAUUUGACUUUUGGGUUCCUAGAGGUGGGACUAUCCAUUGGAAUCAACCUGUCAGCACUCCUGUUGGUUUCGUUAUCUUUGUAUUAAAGGGUAGAAAGAAAAGAUGGAACAGCUUUGCUGAUUCUUUAGUUGCUCUGUGAGACAAAACAUGAGAUCCAGCACACUUUGGGCUGGCAUUAUCCAUUUCCUUAAUCUCUGGGUCAGUGACUGAAAGAAGAUUAGGUAUCUUGAGAACUCCCAAACACUUUGUUCCAGUGAUGAGCUGUAUAGAAGCAGGCUUGCUUUCCAGGUCAUAAGAGUCUUCCUGCCAGAACAACUGCCAGCAAUGAGGUGAAAACUGGAUGUAAUACAUGGGAUUAAUGCCAAAUACCUGAAAUUGUACUAUUAUGUGACAUUGUGAAAGAUUGUCAAAAGAUGUGGCUGGAGAGGCAGGAACUUAGAUCUAGAUCCUGCUUUUCACCAUGUUAGAUCUUGAAUAACCUUUCUCAAAGGAAUAAUGCCUCAAAGCUACUGUGUGAAAAUAAUAAAAGCACUUUCUGCUUUAUUUUUGCUUCAUUUCCUGCAAACAAACACUUCCCCCUCCAUCUGCUAAGGUUGGAUUCAACUCAUUACUACGGGUGUUCGUGGGUGGCUCUGUGGCUAACACUGUAACUGACACUGCAGUUACAAGAAAACUUGCUAACUACAAGUCCUUUUGGUUACUAAGGCUGUGUGAGGAGAUUGUAGUCUACUUUUCUCACAAAUGCGAAGGUUGUCUCUAUGAAAUCUCUAGAGUGCUACUAAGGACUAGCUUGCUCAGCGGGGAGGAGCUGGCUGUGUGAGAAGUGUCACACAUGGACAUCUUAGCGCUGAGACUGAAAAACACUAAGAUGAUUAAAUUCCCAGAACUGACAAUGACAGUUACAAACUACAUCAACUUGAUAAAACCUGGUUUUUUUUUUACCCAAGAAGGAGGUGGGAUGUAGAUAAGAAGUGUGUAUCAGGAGCUUCUUGAUCAAAAAGCAACAUGCUUGUGUCAUACUACCAGUUGCUCCCCUGAAGCACAAGCCUUUCAGACCGCAGAGACAAAAGCUUCGAACAAGGAAGGGUUGGAGACAAGAGUUAUAAACCUGGGAGAGCUCCACUGCAGAUAGCGCUAAUAUCUGCCCGUCUCUGCUGCAAAUCUGGCUUCAGACUCAUUGAUAAGAGUUAGGUCAGUGCCUACCCUGCAUCAAACAGGCAAGACAGGGACAGGCAAGCCACUUCUGAGUUACGCUUUUCUCAUUUCCAGCUAGCUGAAGCUGCACUCGGAGAAAGCAUUAACCAAAGCACAGAGUGUUUAUUUGACUUCUGUGUGAGGAGGCUCACUACGCAGUAGGUGUGGCACGUCUAACAGCAGCUGUAGAGAGGAAGAAAUGGAAAAGCAAGGUUCAUUCCUGCCACCAUUAUUGUUGCUACUGAGCUGGAUGGCGAAAUUGGUGAUGGCCUCAGAAAAGGCCCUUAACCCAACACAUUGACAGGUGAAAGGUUUGACAAUGUUGGUUUCAGCCACAGGAAUUUCGUAAGUUCAAAAUCCAGAUCAGGCAGGACAGCAAAGUAUAAGGCAUAUUAUUUGCUUAUUGCUUCAGACUGCAAUAAGGAAAUAUUUGUUUUGCUAAUAGAUGGAGAGAGAUCAAUAACCUACCACAGAUUGCUACUUUCUGCCGAAUGGUUCUCUUUAUGUCAGAAAAAGACACGUUUCUUUCUGAAAAUAUCUUGUUAAUGUCUUUAUAUUGAAGACAAUACUGUUGAUUAUAGAGUGUAAGUAUA